UCAUUUAUCCUCUCCCCGGCCUGUUCCGCUCCCUCCACCCCCUUUUCACUCGACCAGCGCUGCUCCUACUUUCUCGAACCACCCAGCGAGGACGACGAAAUGCACCGAGCUCCAGUCGAAAUGCUCCCCCUCGAGAUGCUUUCAGAAAUAUUCUGCCAUUGCCUCGAUCACUCCGAGACCUACAUGUCUCCGCACAGGAAUCGCGCGCCCCUCCUCCUCACCCGCGUCUGCAGGUCCUGGCGGCGCUGUGCCAUCACCACUCCGGCCCUCUGGACUUCCCUCCGCCUCUACUCCCCUUUCACUGAGCAUCAGUACCGGUCCUUGGUCUCGCUCGCAGACCUCUGGCUCCAGCGCUCCGGCGCCCGCCCGCUCUCCCUCUCGCUGACAAUACCCGACCCUCAUUCGCUCCCAGCCUCCCUCCUCUCCCACCUCCCCCGCUGCACCCGCCUCCACCUCGCCGCCCCCGACCCGUUCUCCGCCGCCCUCCGCGACAACAUGCCCCUCCUCGAAUCCCUCUCCCUCACCUCCCCCAAGGACCACGCCUUCUACCCCAAAGAGCCCACCUUCCCGCUCGACAUCUCCGCCCCGCGCCUCCGCGCGCUCGCCCUCGACGGCUUCCCGCACCGCCUCGUCCUCCCCUGGGCGCAGCUCACCCACCUGCGCGUCGCCAACUGGGAACCCACAAAACCCUGGCUCUCGCUCCUGCGCGAGUGCUCCGCCCUCACCUCCUGCUCCCUCAGCCCUGCUGGCGAGAUCCUCCUCGUCGGCGGCGCCCCCACGCCCAUCGUGUUCCCCGCGCUCGAGUCCCUGCGCGUGCACCCCACGCGCGUGCUCGGCUUCGUCCGCGUGCUCGAGCACUUUGCCGCGCCCAACCUAAAGCACCUCGACGUGGCCGUGCCCGGCAACAUCGUGCCCCUGUGCCGCGAGGUCGCCCCGCUGCUCGCGCGCUCCCAGUGUCAGUUGCAGAGCUUGGCCCUCGCGGGCUUGCGCCUGGAUGCGUUUGAGGACUUUCGCGCCCUGUGCGCGCUCGUGCCAAACCUCACGCGGCUGUCCAUAGCUGGCAUUGGGAGGAUGAGCUUCCCGAGCAGGAUGUUCUUCGACGAGAUGACGCGGAAGGAGGGUCGGGGGUGUUUGCUGCCCCAGCUCGAGGCGCUGGAGAUGCGGCUGAGCGUUGGCAAGACGGAUUUCCCGGACGACGCUAUCGAGGAGAUGCUAAGGUCCAGGAUCGCGGGGCAGCAUUCAGGGUGCAGCCGCAUGAGGAGUGCCGACGUUUAUGUGCAUAGGCGGAUCCACGAUUGGAUCGCGAGCUUGGUGGACCAGGGGACGCAUUGGUAUAUCUCGGAGCAAGGGGAGGUGGUCCAGCAGCGUUUGGAGGCGGGUGAGCGGUAGGAGGGGUCUUGCACGUACAUAUUGAACACGAACAUACGAACUCUGCACACGGAAUGUAACGAAAUAGUGUAUUUGUAUCUCCCGUGUAUCUAUAGCAGCACGUUUAGUACCGAC